AUGGGAGACCUGUUUAUGCUCAGGGUGGCUGUUGGCAUAUGUUAUGCCACCUUCAGUGCCUCUGCAUGGUCAGUGAACAAUUUCCUGAUAACAGGCCCUAAGGCCUAUCUGACCUACACUACUAGUGUGGCCCUGGGUGCCCAGAGUGGCAUUGAGGAGUGUAAGUUCCAAUUUGCUUGGGAACGCUGGAACUGCCCGGAAAAUGCUCUCCAGCUGUCCACUCACAACAGGUUGAGAAGCGCCACCAGGGAGACUUCCUUCAUUCAUGCAAUCAGCUCUGCUGGAGUCAUGUACACCAUCACCAAGAACUGUAGCAUGGGUGACUUUGAAAACUGUGGCUGUGAUGAGUCAAAAAAUGGAAAAACAGGAGGUCAUGGCUGGAUCUGGGGAGGCUGCAGCGACAAUGUGGAAUUUGGGGAAAGGAUCUCCAAACUCUUUGUGGACAGCCUGGAAAAGGGAAAGGAUGCCAGAGCCCUGAUGAAUCUUCACAACAAUAGGGCAGGCAGGCUGGCAGUGAGAGCCAUUAUGAAAAGGACCUGCAAAUGUCAUGGCAUCUCUGGAAGCUGCAGUAUCCAGACAUGCUGGCUGCAGCUGGCUGACUUCCGGGAGAUGGGAGACUACCUGAAGGCCAAGUACGAACGGGCCCUGAAAAUCGAGAUGGAUAAGCGGCAGUUAAGGGCUGGGAACAGUGCUGAGGGCCACUGGGCACCCACUGAGGGAUUCCUUCCUAGUGCAGAGGCUGAGCUGAUCUUUUUGGAGGAAUCACCAGAUUACUGUACCCGCAAUUCCAGCCUGGGCAUCUAUGGCACAGAAGGUCGGGAGUGUCUACAGAAUAGCCACAACACAUCCAGGUGGGAGCAACGCAGCUGUGGGCGCUUGUGCACCGAGUGUGGCCUGCAGGUGGAGGAGAGAAGAACUGAGGCUAUCAGCAGCUGUAACUGCAAAUUCCAGUGGUGUUGCACAGUCAGGUGUGACCAGUGUAGGCAUGUGGUAAACAAGUACUACUGCACAAGUUCCCCAGGCAGUGCUUGA